UUAACUUACUUGGAUUUAUCUGCAAACUGUAUCGAUGAAAUCAAAAACUUAUCUCAUUUAACCCAUUUGAGAAAAUUGGAUUUAUCAGUCAAUAGAAUCACUAGACUAGAAAACUUAUCCAAUUUGCAAAGUUUAAAAAAGGUGACAUUUUUUGGAAACCAAAUUUCUGAAAUUGAAAAUCUAUCAAAUUUAGUCAAUCUCAAAUACUUGAAUUUAGCUUAUAAUAAUCUAGUCCAAAUUAAAAACUUGUCUCAAUUAGUCAGCUUGAGAUCAUUAAGAUUAUCUUAUAACGGAAUAACAAAAAUCGAAAAUUUAUCAGAUUUACGCUCUUUAAAAUAUUUAAAUUUGGAUACAAACAGAAUCUCUAAAAUUGAAAACUUAUCAACUUUAACUAAUCUUAAGGAAUUAGGCUUAACAGGAAAUGAUAUCACUAAAAUUGAAAACUUGGAAAAGUUAAUUAAUUUGAAAAUCUUAAAUAUAUCUGAUAAUAAAAUCACUAAAAUUGAAAAUUUAUCCACUCUAGUUAAUCUAUUGAAUUUGAAUUUAUCCUAUAAUGACAUAGACAAGAUUGAAAACUUAUCUGCUUUAACAUCAGUUAAGAUUAUAAAUUUGGAAAGCAAUAAUAUUAAAAAGAUUGAGAAUAUAUAUAAUUUGGUUGAGUUAAAAAAAAUGAGUCUAGAUCAUAAUAUUCUUGAAGAAAUCGAAAAUUCGCCAACUCUACAUAAAAUCUCUUUUUCAAAUCGAAAAACAUAA